AUGCGGACACGACGAGUGCUGUGCCUGGCGCUAGUGGGCCUGCUCCAGUUGGUCCAGAGCGCACCCGCAGCUGACAAAGGAUGUGGCACCAACCCGGCCGACAUUCAUUUUCUCUUGGACAGUUCCGGAUCCGUUGGGGCGGGAAACUUUCAGAAACAGUUGACUUUUGUCAGCCAGUUCGCCGACUCCUUCACCAUCGGACCUAGGGCUGUUCAGGUCGGCGUAACAACAUUCUCGACAUCAGUGCACAACGAAUUCUGGCUCAACCAGCACCCAACGAAGGCAUCUCUAAAGGCAGCCAUACACAACAUCAGGUACAGAGGCGGGAAUACGCAAACCGGACACGCCCUCGAUUUCAUCCGGCAGAAUGCCUUCACGCAUGCGCACGGCGACCGGGAUAAGGUGGCCAAUAUUUUGAUCGUUGUCACCGACGGGAGAUCGUCCAAUCACGCCGACAUGCUGAGGGCUGCCACGGCAAUUCACAAGAAGAAUAUGAAUAUAUUCGCUAUCGGCGUCGGCAGCGGGAUCUCGCAGGCGGAACUGAAGACGAUUGCCAGUAACGCCCACAACGUCUUCACCGUCACCGGCUUCAGCGCUCUACAUCAGCUACAGGCAACACUCAAGAAAACUGCAUGCAUAGUUGAUGGAAAAUGGACUGCGUGGGGAUUCUACAGCCCCUGCACCAAGUCUUGCGGUAGUGGGACGAAAUUCAGGCAAAGGAGCUUCAACCCCCCUCCCGCACACGGGGGGAAACCGUGCACAGGGAAGGCCAAGGAAACGACUCACUGCAACGUGAAGGCGUGUCCGACGACACCGAAACCCACGACGACGCCAAAACCAACAACUCACAAACACGAAACAUUUACUUAUAUUCCAGGCUGCGGUAUACAGCCCGUGGACAUCCUGUUCUUGCUGGAUGCUAGCGGCAGCGUGGGCGAUUCCAACUUCCAGAAGAUGCUGAAGUUCGUCGAGUCCAUGGUGCAGGGCUUCGACGUCAGCCCCACGGCCGCGCAGGUCGGUGUGGUGAGCUUCGACACCAAGCCGUACCUACAGUUCCAUCUGAACAAGUACCACGACAAGGCUGGGGUCGUGAACGCCAUCAAACACAUCAAGUACACCAAGGGCAACACGUACACCCACCUGGCACUGCAGUACGCUCGCAACACCAUGUUGACGGCAGCCAACGGUGCCAGACCACACGCAGCGAAGGUUGCGAUCGUCAUAACUGACGGCAAGUCCAAUAACGCACCAGCUACAGCAACGGAAGCCCGGAACCUCAAGAAGAACGGAGUGACCAUCUUUUCUAUCGGCGUCGGUUCUGGGCCGAAGCAGACAGAGCUUAAAGCCAUGGCAACCGAUCCCGACAAAGAUCACGUGUUUGUGGUCACAAACUUCGAAUCCCUCAAACUGAUCAAAGGCUCCUUGCAACAGAAGACCUGCAAUGCUCCUAACGUUUUUCUUCGUUUGCCAUCCCACUUCAAACUGCAGCACCUGUCUCCUCAACUGUCCAUCCCGGCCACACAUGAUACUCACCUGUCUCCUCAACUGUCGAUCCCGGCCACACAUGAUACUCACCUGUCUCCUCAACUGUCCAUCCCGGCCACACAUGAUACUCACCUGUCUCCUCAACUGUCCAUCCCGGCCACACAUGAUACUCACCUGUCUCCGCAACUGUCCAUCCCGGCCACACAUGAUACUCACCUGUCUCCUCAACUGUCCAUCCCGGACACACAUGAUACUCACCUGUCUCCUCAACUGUCCAUCCCGGCCACACAUGAUACUCACCUGCGUCUUCAACUGUCCAUCCCGGCCACACAUGAUACUCACCUGUCUCCUCAACUGUCCAUCCCGGCCACACAUGAUACUCACCUGCCUCUUCAACUGUCCAUCCCGGCCACACAUGAUACUCACCUGUCUCUCCAACUGUCCAUCCCGGCCACACAUGAUACUCACCUGUCUCUUCAACUGUCCAUCCCGACCACACAUGAUACUCACCUGCCUCUCCAACUGUCCAUCCCGGCCACACAUGAUACUCACCUGCCUCUUCAACUGUCCAUCCCGGCCACACAUGAUACUCACCUGCCUCUUCAACUGUCCAUCCCGGCCACACAUGAUACUCACCUGUCUCUCCAACUGUCCAUCCCGGCCACACAUGAAACUCACCUGCCUCUCCAACUGUCCACCCCGGCCACACAUGAUACUCACCUGCCUCUUCAACUGUCCACCCCGGCCACACAUGAUACUCACCUGCCUCUUCAACUGUCCAUCCCGGCCACACAUGAUACUCACCUGUCUCUCCAACUGUCCAUCCCGGCCACACAUGAUACUCACCUGUCUCCUCAACUGUCCAUCCCAACCACACAUGAUACUCACCUGUCUCCUCAACUGUCCAUCCCGGCCACACAUGAUACUCACCUGUCUCCUCAACUGUCCAUCCCGGCCACACAUGAUACUCACCUGUCUCCGCAACUGUCCAUCCCGGACACACAUGAUACUCACCUGUCUCCUCAACUGUCCAUCCCGGACACACAUGAUACUCACCUGUCUCCUCAACUGUCCAUCCCGGCCACACAUGAUACUCACCUGCGUCUUCAACUGUCCAUCCCGGCCACACAUGAUACUCACCUGUCUCCUCAACUGUCCAUCCCGGCCACACAUGAUACUCACCUGCCUCUUCAACUGUCCAUCCCGGCCACACAUGAUACUCACCUGUCUCUCCAACUGUCCAUCCCGGCCACACAUGAUACUCACCUGUCUCUUCAACUGUCCAUCCCGACCACACAUGAUACUCACCUGCCUCUCCAACUGUCCAUCCCGGCCACACAUGAUACUCACCUGCCUCUUCAACUGUCCAUCCCGGCUACACAUGAUACUCACCUGCCUCUUCAACUGUCCAUCCCGGCCACACAUGAUACUCACCUGUCUCUCCAACUGUCCAUCCCGGCCACACAUGAAACUCACCUGCCUCUCCAACUGUCCACCCCGGCCACACAUGAUACUCACCUGCCUCUUCAACUGUCCAUCCCGGCCACACAUGAUACUCACCUGCCUCUUCAACUGUCCAUCCCGGCCACACAUGAUACUCACCUGUCUCUCCAACUGUCCAUCCCGGCCACACAUGAUACUCACCUGUCUCUUCAACUGUCCAUCCCAACCACACAUGAUACUCACCUGUCUCCUCAACUGUCCAUCCCGGCCACACAUGAUACUCACCUGUCUCUCCAACUGUCCAUCCCGGCCACACAUGAUACUCACCUGUCUCUCCAACUGUCCAUCCCGGCCACACAUGAUACUCACCUGCCUCUUCAACUGUCCAUCCCGGCCACACAUGAUACUCACCUGCCUCUUCAACUGUCCAUCCCGGCCACACAUGAUACUCACCUGUCUCUCCAACUGUCCAUCCCGGCCACACAUGAAACUCACCUGCCUCUCCAACUGUCCACCCCGGCCACACAUGAUACUCACCUGCCUCUUCAACUGUCCAUCCCGGCCACACAUGAUACUCACCUGCCUCUUCAACUGUCCAUCCCGGCCACACAUGAUACUCACCUGUCUCUCCAACUGUCCAUCCCGGCCACACAUGAUACUCACCUGUCUCUUCAACUGUCCAUCCCAACCACACAUGAUACUCACCUGUCUCCUCAACUGUCCAUCCCGGCCACACAUGAUACUCACUUGUCUCUCCAACUGUCCAUCCCGACCACACAUGAUACUCACCUGCCUCUUCAACUGUCCAUCCCGGCCACACAUGAUACUCACCUGUCUCCUCAACUGUCCAUCCCGGCCACACAUGAUACUCACCUAUCUCCUCAACUGUCCAUCCCGGCCACACAUGAUACUCACCUGCCUCUUCAACUGUCCAUCCCGGCCACACAUGAUACUCACCUGCCUCUUCAACUUGAAACCCACGAUGGCUGCUACACCCAAACCAACGAAACCAGUUCUAAAACUCCUUUUCUUCGACUUGUGACAGACUGCGGUGCGGAGGCUGAUAUCGUGUUUCUUCUGGACGAGUCGGGAAGUGUAGGGUCCACCAACUUCAUCAAGAUGAAGAAAUUUGUGCAAGACUUCGCCAAGACAUUCACUAUCGGGUCGACCGGAGUUCAAAUCGGGGUGGACACGUUCUCCAGUGCACCCCACAAACAGUUCGACCUCAAGAGCUACCACACCGGAGCGGACAUCGCCGCCGCCGUCGGGCGAAUCAAGUACCUAAGCGGCAGCACCCACACAGGGGAGGCCAUCCGCUUCAUGAAGGACCACAGUUUUACAGCCGCGGCCGGUUUACGUCCCCACGUGCCUCACAUUGCGAUCAUCAUGACGGACGGACAGUCGAACAACAAGGCGCUGACGAAGACCGAGGCCGCCAAGUUGAAGACGAUGGGGGUGAAGGUGUUGGCACUCGGUAUCGGGAACGGCAUCAACGACCACGAACUCAAGGACAUGGCCAGCGACCCCGACAGCCAGUACGUCUACAAGGCGGCCACAUUCGACGCGCUGGCCUCGCUUAAAGGCGUCCUCGCGGCCAAGGCGUGCGAAGCUCACUGCGGCGCUAAAGCGGACAUCGUGUUCCUCCUCGACUCGUCUGGCAGCGUGGGUUUGAAGAACUUCAACACCCUGCUGUCGUUCGUCAAGAGCGUCGUGCAGCCGCUGGCCAUCUCCCAGACCCAGAUCCGAGUCGCCGUCGAGAAGUUCAGCAGCCGACCCUACACCGAGUUCCACCUCAACAAGCACGACAGCAAGCAGAGUGUGCUGCACGCCAUCGACAAUGUCAAGUAUGUCGCCGGCGGCACCAACACCGGCGACGCCAUCAAGUACAUGAAGGACGUCAUGUUCAACCAGAAGAACGGCGAUCGACCAGGCGUGCCCAAUAUCGGCAUCAUCGUCACCGACGGUCGGUCGGCGAAACCCGACGACACGGCGACACAGGCCCAUCUGGCCAGGGCUGCGGGAAUCAACCUGUUUUCCGUCGGCGUCGGGCCGGCCAUUUCUGAAGAGUUGAAAGCCAUGGCGACGGACCCGGACAAGGAUCACGUGCUAACUGUGAGCCACUUCGACAAGCUGGCAGGAAUAUCAGCGCUCUUCACGCAGAAGGCGUGCCAGGCUGUAACGACGUUGUCGCCGGACCUGGACACGUGUCAGGACGGACAGCCAAACUGCGACAAGUACGACAGGAGCAUGUGCACCCAGUUUGCUCAUGGGCGCACACCAACUGCCCGCGCAUCCAUUCCUACAAUUCCUCCACCAUGCGCGGAUAAGCUGACCAACUGCAAGUCUUUCGCCGCCACCUCGUGUGGACCUCAAUAUGCCAACUGGGCUAAGGAGAACUGCCGGAAGUACUGUGGAUAUUGUGUUCCGUCAACUCUAACUGGAUACUUUGGUAAAUGCUACUACAACGGCAAGCAGUACAAACAGGGAGACAAAUGGACGGACGGAUGUCAGUACGAGUGUGAAUGUAUUGACGAAAGUCGCGGAAAAUACCAGUGUUUCAAUAAAUGUCCAGCAUAUUACAAGCUGCCGUCUCAGUGCACGCUAGUUCGCGUCCAAGGCGAGUGCUGCCUGAAACCAGUGUGCGACUUCAAGGGAAGUUAUCAGACAUCCACUGGACAGAAUGUUGGCAAACUUAAUGGAGUCAACGUUUGCGUGUACAGUGGCGCUAAAUACUACCAGGGCCAGACGUGGCAGGUGGGGUGUGAAUUUCAGUGCGAGUGUCGAGACGCCAGCGUCGGUCUGUGGUCUUGUCAGAGCGUAUGUGGUCACUAUGGCUCACUGCCACAGGGCUGCAUGCUGGCGAAGAAACCUGGCGAGUGCUGUGAGAAACCCGUGUGCGACUUCCACACUCAGUAUGGCGCCUUUACAGGAAAGGGGACAGUGAGCGGGCCAGGCGACAUGGUUCAUGAGUGCUGUGAGAAACCCGUGUGCGACUUCCACACUCAGUAUGGCGCCUUUACAGGAAAGGGGACAGUGAGCGGGCCAGGCGACAGUACGUACUUGUAUAAAGCUUACCUGAUAGUACCACUGUUUGCACAGUGGUUCAUGAGUGCUGUGAGAAACCCGUGUGCGACUUCCACACUCAUGGUUCAUGAGUGCUGUGAGAAACCCAUGUGCGACUUCCACACUCAGUAUGGCGCCUUUACAGGAAAGGGGACAGUGAGCGGGCCAGGCGACAAGUCCAAGCCAACAGCCCCACCGCCGUGUGUGGACAAGAUAACAAACUGUGCAGCCUACGGCCAGAACACUUGUAGAGACACCCAGUUCCGAGAGUGGGCUAUGAAGAACUGUAGAAAACACUGUCGACUGUGCACUGCUGCCAUAUUACCUGGACCAAACGACGUCUGUAUCCACAAAGGAAUUGCUUACACACAAGGCCAGCGAUGGUCCGACGGAUGCAAUGGAGAGUGUGUUUGUGAAAAUUCUAAAUAUGGUUACUACAGAUGCAAUGAUCAAUGUCCAAAAUAUUACAACUCCCCUCCAAGCUGUCAGCUGGUUAACAUACCAGGCCAGUGCUGCAAGUUCCUGCAAUGUCCAGGAGGGACGUUCGUGGGUUCCCAGACACAACCCGGCAGUAUUGGGGGCUACCCAAUCCCAGUUCCGAACAUCUACCCAACCCCGGCACCAGGAGCCACGUACCCGCCCGGCCAAGUGCCCACACGAUCACCAUAUCCAGUGCCUCAGAAGCUAAAUGGAUGCAUGUAUAAAGGAGGUCUGUACAAACAGGGACAACAGUGGCACGACUCCUGUCAGUUCAGCUGUACCUGUGUGGAUGGAGCGUCAGGGCGGUUCCGCUGUACUCCCAGGUGUCCCAAGUUUGACCACCUGCCGACCGGUUGUGUACUGAAAGACACCCCCACAGAUCCCUGCUGUCAGGUUCCUGACUGCACCCACGCGUCCCCUGGCGCCGUCGUCGUGCCAAGCUAUGGCCCUGCGUUUACUGGGUACGGCCCUGUGUCGUACCCCACCGGUACCGGCACCCUCCCUGGUGGGACAGGGGGAUUUGGGACAAUGCCUCCAGUUCAUUCCGGAACCAACCCACCAAUGACAGGAACUAGAGUGGGUUGUAGCUACAAGGGCGUCAUUCACCAACAAGGGGAGAAGUGGAAAGAUGGCUGCCAGUACGACUGCGAGUGUGUGGAUGGUACAGUUGGUUUCUAUAAGUGUACCGAGAUAUGCCCGAAGUACGAGAACCUGCCACCUCAGUGUCACCUGAUACCCGACCCGAAGAACGCCUGCUGCAAGACGUACACGUGUAACUUCAACCAGCAAAUAACAACUCUACCUCCACUGUUCGCACAGACCACACCUCAAGCAGGAUCCGAUUUCUGCGUUUACCACGGGUACUACUAUCGACAGGGCGAGGAAUGGAAAGAUGGGUGUAGCCUGACAUGCCGCUGUGAGGACGCCAGAAACAACUAUCACCAGUGUACAGAUAGAUGUCCCAAGUUCACCAGCAUCCCUCUUGGGUGCCAGAUGGUCGCAGACCCACAGGACCCUCUGUGCUGCAAGGUUCCAGAGUGUGACUCUUCGCAUGUCGGGCCAGGUGGCGCUGUCAACGGAAACUACCAGCCUCUAGGUUUCAUUGGCUCCUUCACUGGAUAUGGCCGACCACCAAAUUCUAACGUGGGCGUCAAUACCGGGUACAGAGGCGCGUGUAUCUACAAGGGUCAUAUUCACCAGCAGGGCAGCACGUGGCAUGACGGCUGCAGAUACGACUGUGAGUGUACGAACGCCAUGUCUGGACAGUACAGGUGUACUGACAGGUGUCCACGAUAUGCUGCCCUGCCUCAGGGGUGUACGCUGGUCACCGACCCCAAUGACCGCUGCUGUCAGAAGGCUGAAUGCGCUCCCCCAGUCGCCCAAACAUCACCGCCAGCUGGCACUGUUCAAACCGGAACCGGAACCGGAACUGGGACCUGCCAUGACAAGUUACAGAACUGCUACCUGUACGGCAGUUGGUCGUGCAAGGACCCCUACACGAAAUGGGCCAAAGACAACUGUGCCAAAUUCUGUGGAUUCUGUGGUGGUGCAGUUACUGCUCCAUGUCGCGAUCUGCUGCCGAACUGCGCCAAUUACGGCCAUGAUGGAUGUGUCGGAAACUACAAAGCAUGGGCGGAGUAUAACUGUCGCAAGUCGUGCGGUUUCUGCGGAUCACAAACGCCAGUGCCUGCUACUACAGCACCCCACGUCCCGAUUAUUGGACACCUAACUCCAGUACCUGGAUCAGGUAAUCAGAACUGCCGAGAUAAACUAACAACGUGCCACACGUACACCCAGGAUGCUUGCCACGACCCUUACCUUCAAUGGGCCAAGACCAACUGUGCCAAGUACUGCGGUUUGUGCGCAAUAAGCAAUAAGACAACUGGCUGCUACUACAAAGGAACAAUUCACAGGAGCAGCGAAAAGUGGCAGGAUGGCUGUGAAUACAACUGCACGUGCAACCCCCUCAUCCAGGUUUGUAGAUGGGGAGGGGUUGGGUGGUGUGAUAUUAAUGUAAUAUGUCAGACGUUCAGCAACCUGCCAGCGGGCUGUACUCUGAAGAAAGCUCCUGGAGAAUGCUGCGCGAAACCAGACUGCACCGCUCAACAUGUUGGAACAGGAGGCACGGGGACCGGCUGUAUGUACAAGGGGAAGGUCUACCACCAGGGCCAGAAAUGGAGUGACGGCUGUGACUUCACGUGCACGUGCACGGACGAGAGCAGGUCCAAGUACCAGUGUCGACAAAAGUAA